AUGGGCCUCGCGGCGGGUGCCCGCGCCGCCCUGCUGGCGGCCGCGGCGGCCUCGCCGCUGCGCGCGGGGCUCGACGAGCUCUCGCCCGCGGCGGCGCUGGCGAGCGAGGCCCCAGGCCCAGUGCUGGUCGAGCUGGCGCUGGACAACCUGGCUGGAGGUGGCAACGGUACGGCUGUGAUCGCUGUCCACGGCGAGUGGGCGCCGCUGGGGGCCGCCCGCUUCCUGGAGAGCUUGUGGACCGCGGCUUCUACGACGGCCACCGGUUCUUCAGGGCCGUGCCGCGCUUCGUCGCGCAGUGGGGUCUCCACCCCGACCCGAGAUCGAGCGCUCUGGCCAGUUCGCGCCCGCCAUCGAGGACGACCCCCUCCUGCCGGGGGUG